AUGAGUAGCGGCAAACGCAAGCCAGAAGAACAAUUUGUCGAUGUCCUGAUGGAAAGGAAGGUACCGAAAGAACAGCUCAAGCGGACAAACUUAGGGACGCUUCCCAAACAAGAUGUCAUCGUCAAGAUAUACCUUGCCCACCUCCAAGACAGUACCGGGCAGCCACGAGUGUGGAGACAUUUCCGCGUCUCAGCCGGAAUUAAACUUAGUGUUUUACAAGACAAGGCGAUAGCCCCGGUAAUGGGAUGGGUACGGAACCUGCACGCUUACACGCUCACCGAUUAUAGAGAUGAAUCCGUAUAUGGUCCUGAGGAAAGCAGGGCUGUCGUUAUGGCCCAUGUAGCUCAGGUUGGUUAUGAUUUCCUCCCUGAUGAUAAGUAA